UGUGAGUUUCCUGAGAGAAGUGGAAGUGUAUUCACCGGUGAGGAAGCACCAUGAUGAAGCAGGUCUGAGAGAUGGUGCGGCUUAAAUGCCAUUUUUACAUGUUUGCUUUGCGACGAACACUGGAGGUAAACUUCAUUGUUAAUAUCCAGUGAGAAGACCAGGCAUAUGUAUAUACAGCGACAUGUUAUAAGCGUACAUUUAAUUCCGAAUAGUUUGAAGUCUCAUGGACGUAAACGAAGUGAUGUCAACUCGCUUGCGAAUGGGAAAAUCCUUGGCACACAGAGAACGAUAAAAAUUUUCCAAAAAGAGACGACGAAAGAACAGGAGUCGAAGGAAAGAUUAAGAGAAAUAGAGAACUAGGAGAUAAAGUGUUAAAAUGUCCGAAGAAUCCGAUGCCACAAUGACAUCUAAACGCAAGAAUCACGUCAAUUACCAGACCUUCCACGACGUUGGGUCUUAUACAGUGGAGCGGCGCAGUAUCCCAUUCUUUGGCCUCGUCAGGAAGAACUCGCUGCGGAGUGUUGGCAAUCUCCUUGGGUAUCACUACCUCGUCUACACGCCAGGCUUAGUAAGCAUGACCGGACUAGAAGGAGCAGAUGGGCGGUUAGGAAGACGUCGAGGAGGCAAGAGGCUUGGGCAGAUCCUGGUCAAUGUCCUGCGAACCCUCAUCCUUAUUCUGACGUAUUACACGUGUUCAAUAGGACUCACGUUCUAUCAAAAGAGAUUGUUUAGGGAUUUCAAGUUUCCAUUAACGGUAGUAAUAGUGCACCUUUUCAUGAAGUUCGUCUUGGCGGGAAUAUGCCGCGCCACUUACACCUACGUGACAGGCAUUCCGCGUGUGACUCUGCCGUGGGAUGUUUACUGGCGGAGAGUGAUGCCCCCUGGUGCUGCGGCCGGCAUUGACAUCGGCCUCUCCCAGUGGUCUCUCGAGUUCAUUACUGUAGCUUUAUACACUAUGUCUAAAUCUACAGCGCUGCUUUUUAUUCUAGUAUUUGCAAUUAUUUUCAAACUGGAGGAAAUGAGGUGGAGUGUUGUUCUCCUGGUUGUCCUAAUUGCUGGAGGACUCUUUCUCUUCACCUACAAAUACACCUUAUUCAAUCUCUUUGGAUUCAUUCUUGUUCUAAUUGCUUCCCUGUUGAGCGGUCUGCGUUGGACAUUGUCACAGCUGGUCAUGCAGAAGUCCGAGCUGGGGCUAAGUAAUCCCAUUGAUAUGGUUUACCACAUACAGCCUUGGAUGACUGUAUCACUCCUACCUCUUGCCGUUAUUAUGGAAGGGACAGCGAUAGCAGCAAGUGAAUAUGGAUUUAGGUUUACAGAUUCUUCGGAAGCAUUAUAUAUGUGGGGGAGAGUUAUAUUUGGUGCUAUUCUUGCUUUUUUUAUGGAGGUGUCGGAAUAUCUACUGGUGUGUUUUACUUCAUCUCUUACAUUCUCUAUUUCUGGCGUUGCCAAAGAAAUCAUGACACUCUCUUUGGCCGUUUACAUCUACAAUGAACAUCUUACAAAUAUAAAUGUGCUGGGACUCUUCUUCUGUAUCAUUGGGAUCAUCUUGCACGUGGUGUUGAAGGCCAUACACCCACAAAAACCCCCACCGCCACAGCACAUUCCCUUAACACCUGCGGAAAAUUACCAGAAGGUUCCCCUCCUCUCUGAAUCCGAUGACGAGGAGCAAGAGCUCUAUUCCAGGUAGUUUAGAAAUGUGAUAGCAGUGGUUGCACAAAAUGACAAGUGAGAUCGUGUCGUGUUGGAGUGGAUUCUGAAAUUCGUGUUGAUGACUAGAGUGUUUAUAUAUGAUAAAAUUGCCAUGUCAAGUGUUAUGUUUGCAGAAUUUACCUAUUACGGAAUGGUACAUUAAGAAGGUUGUUUCUAAAUGAAAGACAGAAUGGUAAUUUGGUUUUGUGCUUAUAAUUAUGGUGUAUAGUGUUCAGUGGAUGUAUAGAAAAAGUGAAGUACAUGUACAUUCCAUUUGUUUAGCGCUUACAAACUUUUUAUUUCUUUUGUAAUAUAUAUUAUGACAAUUACAUAGAACAAGUAAAUAUAAAUAUUGUGAAUACAUUUUCAGUUAGUCACAAUAAAUAAAAAAGUUUUAUUAUCAAUAAAAGUGACAUGUUUUUAUUGAGUUAGUGUUCUUCAUGUGCCUGUCUUUAUCCUUUUCCUAUGGAUAAAUUAGAACUUGAAUAUCAAACAAUAUUUAUUGUUUUAUAAAGUUUGUAUUCUUCA